UCCUCAUCCUGGGAAUUCAUAACUCAGUUGCCCUUCCUCCUGAUGGGAUCAGUAACACGUGGGACCAUGAGAGUGUUGAUUGGAGUCCUGUUGGUAGCCUUCGUGGCUGCAGAGCAGAAACGUUCAGCUGACCCUGGAAUUGGUCAUGGGGGACUUGGAGGACUCGUAGGAAUAGGACUCCUUGGAGGGUUAGAAGGCCUCGGCCAUGGAUUAGGACUCAAUGGAGGAUAUGGUGGUGGGUAUGGUGGUUAUGGUGGUCUCCUGAGCGCUGGUAAUUAUGCUAACGGAUACAGCCACUCCACUGGAUACAACCAUGGAAACUACAUUGGAAACCAAUAUGGAGGUCUGGGUGGGAUCUCACAUGGUCACCUUAACAAACACUUGCUCGGCAAACGAAGUGCUGAUCCCGAGCCAGGAUUAGCACUUGGAGGACUUGGAGGACUGGGAUAUGGGGGCCUAGGACUUGGUGGGUUAGAACUUAACGGCGGAUACGGUGGUGGAUACGGAGGCUAUGGUGGUCUCUUGAGUGCUGGAAACUACGCCAACGGAUACAGCCACUCCACUGGAUAAAACCAUGGAAACCACAUUCUAAACGGAUAUGGAGGAGCAGGAGGACUGUCACAUGGUCAUCUUAACAAGCACUUGCUCGGCAAACGAAGCGCUGAUCCCGAACCAGGUUUAGCCCUUGGAGGACUUGGUGGAC